GAUUUUGAAAGUCAGUACAAGGCCUUGGAGAUGGUAAAUCAGGUGUGAGUACAAAACAAACCAUGAGUUCAAUGCGCAUAUGCAAGGACAAUGGAGGUGUGGACUUUGUGAAACUCCCCAGAAGGGACAUCAGGGUUCAUAUUACAGAAUACAUCUACUGAGAAAAAGUUUAUCCACACACCUGAGGAAGCAACAAAUUCCCACUGCUUGAGAUAAAAAAGGGUGACGUCAAAGUGCCAUCCAAAGAGAGAACCCUUUGGACCACAAUGAUCACCACGAAGGCAGAUUUCCAGCGGAGGAUUGUCUCCAAGGAUGGACACAACCAAGUGCGUAUCGAUAACGUGGAGGGUAUGGUAAAGCUUUACCUCCACGACAUCUGGACCACAGUGGUGGACAUGAAAUGGCGCUACAAACUCACCCUUUUCUCCUCGACCUUCAUCGUAACCUGGUUUCUCUUUGGCGUCAUCUUCUACUUAAUCGGCAUGGGCAACAGUGACUUUGAGGGUGAGCUACUGUCCAACCACACGCCCUGCAUCAUGAAUGUCAAAACCCUGACCGGCGCCUUCCUUUUCUCUCUGGAGUCUCAGACCACCAUUGGCUAUGGCUUCCGCUACAUCACUAGUGAGUGUCCGUUGGCCAUUUUCGUCCUAGUGGUCCAGCUAGUCACCACAGGCCUGGCUGAGAUCUUUGUGACCGGGGCCUUCCUGGCCAAACUGGCAAGACCCAAAAAGCGGGCCGAGACCAUCAAGUUCAGCCAGUCGGCGGUGAUCUGCUGGCACAAUGGCAAGCGAUGUCUGAUGAUACGCGUGGCCAACAUGAGGAAGAGCCUGCUGAUUCAGUGCCAGCUGAGUGGCAAGCUGCUCUCGCCCAACGUAACUGAGGAGGGCGAGAAGACUCUGAUACACCAGAGGGCUGUGGACUUCUGCAUGGAUUCGUGUGGGGAAUGCCCAUUUCUAAUUCUUCCCCUCACAUUCUACCACGUGCUUGAUGAGAGCAGCCCGCUGGCAGGACUGACCGCCGAGAGGUUGCAGACACGUGACUUUGAGCUGGUCGUCACCCUGAAUGCCACCAUGGAGUCCACGGCAGCCACCUGCCAGAGUCGGACCUCUUACAUUCCCCAGGAGAUCCUGUGGGGCUACGAGUUUAAACCUGUGCUCUUCAGCACCGACAGUGGCCGAUACAUAGCGGACUUCAACUUCUUUGAUAAGGUGCAGAUGAGCAGUGAUCGCACGUCACUCAGCGACAACAAAGAAAAGCUGAAACUAGAGGAGGAGUACAAUAAUGAAUAAGGGCUGUUUAUAGGUGCGUACCCUGAGUAGAAUCACUGUCAUUCCAUAGUUGUAAUGACAUGGGCCAAACAUUGGCACAUAGAUGUCUCCAUAGCACACAAUAUUUGGGGUCCUCUUUUGGCUCGACACUUUUACAACCAGUGGCUAAUAAUCACUGAAGGCAUCUUUAUGAUCUGUCCUGCUACUAAUAACUGUUUUGAAACCCUUUCUACAUUUACUGAAUGGAAAUAUGUCUGUAUUUUGAAUAACUCCUAAACCCAAUACAUUUGAGUGAAUGUUGACACAUUGGCAUGUUCCUAAUCAGUAUGUAUCUGGUCAAGGUACAUUCAGGUGCAGAUUUGGCACAAUGUUUGGAUCUAUAUGACACAAAUAGGAGAAUAUACAAGCAGAACAGUAGUUGGGUCUCAGGGUCUGGUGUUGGAGUUUAAUAAAAUGUUUGUGGCAAUUAAAAAAUCGAUAAAGAAAACAGAUGAAGAUAUUCAAUAUAUUAUUGCUGUGUAUCACCAAAUUUCCUAUUUUAAUGUAUUAAACAUAGUUGAUUAGGUAGAUUCCAGGGCAAAAAAAAAAAUCUGAUAAGCGAUGUGUCAUGAUUAAGAGCUGUUUUGUUCAUCUAUGAAUAAACUAUUGACUUUCGAAA